UUAGAGGCUUAUUCGCGUGCGGUACUUGUUUUUGCAGAAACAGUGCCAUCUUUGAUGGCCGGUCAUGGAGUGAAGGCUGCGGUCGCACCAAGUUAUGAAGGGGUUGUUGAUAACGAAGGGCGACAGUGCCGUCUUGAUGGCCGAAUGGGAAGACUUUCAGAACAAGAAGCAGCCGAGCUGGAACAGCAAUUAAUGGAAUGGAUGCUACAAAGCGAAUCACCAACUCCUCUCGCAUUUUUCCGACUCACAAAUCCCAGGAGUAAAUCAGCUGCUAUGACCAAGUACAGCAGGCUGUUGCUCCAGGCUUGUCGUAGCAAUGAUACAUUGAAUUCACUUCUAAACAAGUAUAAUAACGGGGAGUAUGCAGAUGAUUGGGAGAAAUGGAAAAUGGAGAAAACAAAGGGCACAAUCAUAUCCGAAAUAAUUGAUACAAAUCAAAAUGUGCAUGACAGAGUCAAUUCCUCAGUACACAGGAGUGUGUCAGAGUUGGAUACAUCAGUAAUAGAAGGUGAAUCAGAUUAUGGAAGAUCAGCAAAGAAAAGGAGAACUGGAGUUUGUGAGGAUGAACAGAAUUCUAACAGUGCAGUUGAUAAUCUUUCAACAAGUGGAGUUGAAGUAGAAGAUGCAAGUGAUAUUCAAAUUCAAGGCAUUUUGAGUAAAGAUAUUCAAGUGGAUGAGAUGACCAUGGAAAUUAUACAAAUUUUUGACAAUUUCAAAAGCACCAACCAUGAUCUGCUGGCAUGCAGAGGAAUAAUGGACAUGACACCAAAAA